GAGUUUGAUGGUCUCUCUUGCAGCCAGUGGCAGCUAAUGUGGUCUGAACCCUCUCUCUCUUUUUUUUUGCCAUUCACACACAGCACUUACUCUUCGAGCCUGCUGCUGCUGCCACUGCCUGAAAGGACCUGAAACACCACACAGGGAAUUUUGAUUUCUUCUGGGGAACCGGGGAAAAAAAAAAAAAAAAAAAAAAAAAGGCAGGAAAACUCAUCUGGAGAUUGCGAAGAAGACAUACAGCAACAGCAAGAAGUGGCAAGCUCUUUCCGUCCUGAACGCCAAAAAACACCUAAUUUCUCUGCCAGGUGUAUGGGACUUAGAUUCUCCAAGCACUGCACUGAACUGUUAAAGGUAAACUAUGACCACUUUACUACUAGUGUUUGUGUGUUUGCGAGCCAUCACCACAGCCACCUCUGUGGUGCUCUCAGACAGUAGUGAUGGCCUGGAAGUGAAGAUACCUGAGCAGUCUCCCCUGCGCAUUGCCCUGGGAAGCUCUCUGAACAUCCCCUGCUACUUCAACAUCCCGGAGGAAGAAGACACCAGUGCUCUGCUGACCCCGCGGAUCAAGUGGAGCAAGCUCUCCAACGGAACAGAAGUUGUCUUGCUCGUGGCCACUGGUGGGAAAAUCCGGCUCAACACGGAGUACAGGGAGGUGGUCUCCUUGCCCAAUUACCCCGCCAUCCCCACCGAUGCCACCUUGGAAAUCAAGGCGCUGAGAUCCAACCACACUGGGAUUUAUCGCUGUGAAGUGAUGUACGGGAUUGAGGACAGGCAAGACACGAUAGAGGUCUUAGUAAAAGGCGUCGUGUUCCACUACAGAGCAAUCUCCACGAGGUACACCUUGAACUUCGAGAAGGCCAAGCAGGCCUGUAUCCAGAACAGCGCCGUCAUUGCUACCCCCGAGCAGCUGCAGGCUGCCUACGAGGACGGGUACGAGCAGUGCGAUGCCGGCUGGCUGGCUGACCAGACUGUCAGGUACCCCAUCCACCUGCCCCGGGAGCGUUGUUACGGCGACAAGGAUGAGUUUCCAGGAGUGAGGACCUACGGUGUCCGCGAGACUGAUGAAACUUAUGAUGUUUACUGCUAUGCAGAGCAAAUGCAAGGCAAAGUCUUCUACGCCACCUCCCCCGAGAAGUUCACCUUCCAGGAAGCAUUCGACAAAUGCCGCAGCCUGGGAGCACGGCUGGCCACCACGGGGGAGCUGUACCUGGCCUGGAAGGAUGGCAUGGACGUGUGCAGCGCGGGCUGGCUGGCCGACCGCAGCGUCCGCUACCCCAUCUCCAGAGCACGGCCCAACUGCGGGGGGAACCUGGUGGGCGUGCGGACGGUGUACCUGUACGUCAACCAGACGGGGUACCCGCACCCCCACUCCCGCUACGAUGCCAUCUGCUACAGCGGUGAUGACUUUGAGACUCUAGUCCCGGGGCAGUUCACCGACGAGGUGGGCAGUGAGCUGGGCAGUGCCUUCACCGUGCAGACCGUCACCCAGACCGAGGUGGAGCUGCCCCUGCCCCGCAAUGCCACCGAGGAGGAGGCCCGCGGCAGCAUCGCAACCCUGGAGCCCAUGGAGAUCACCCCCACUGCCACGGAGCUGUACGAGGGCUUCACUGGCCUGCCCGAUCUCCUCACCACCGGUGCCACAGGAGAGACAGCAUCCCCUGGGGAGGAGAACGUGACCAGAGAGGAAGUCACGGGGGUGUGGGCUGUGCCUGAAGAGGUCACUACAUUGGUAUCAGGCACCACUGUCACCACCGAAACGGCAGAGGUGAGCUCAGUGGAAGAGGCCGUGGGGGUGACUGCCACACCAGGGCUGGAGCCUGCCUCGGCGUUCACAGUGGAAGAUCAUCUUGUGCAAGUGACAGCAGCUCCUGAUGUCGCCCUCAUCCCCCGACAGCCCAUUUCCCCCACCGGUGUGGUGUUUCACUACCGUGCCGCCACCAGCAGAUACGCCCUCUCCUUCGUGCAAGCCCAGCAGGCCUGCCUGCAGAACAACGCGGUUAUCGCCACCCCUGAACAGCUCCAGGCUGCCUACGAGGCUGGCUUCGAUCAGUGUGAUGCCGGCUGGCUGCGGGACCAGACGGUCAGGUACCCCAUCGUGAAUCCCCGCAGUAACUGUGUAGGAGACAAAGAGAGCUCUCCGGGUGUGCGGUCGUACGGCAUGCGCCCAGCCUCAGAGACCUACGACGUGUACUGCUACAUCGACAGGCUAAAGGGUGAGGUGUUCUUUGCCACCCAACCAGAGCAGUUCACCUUCCAAGAAGCCCAGCAGUACUGUGAGAGCCAAAAUGCCACUCUGGCCUCUGUUGGGCAGCUCCACGCUGCCUGGAAGCAGGGGCUGGAUAGAUGCUACCCUGGCUGGUUAGCCGACGGCAGCCUGCGGUAUCCCAUCGUGAGCCCCCGGCCUGCCUGCGGGGGAGAUGCGCCUGGUGUCAGGACCAUCUACCAGCACUACAACCAGACGGGAUUUCCCGACCCGCUGUCACGGCAUCAUGCCUUCUGCUUCAGAGCUCUGCCAUCUGUGGAGGAGGAGGGGGUUACCUCACUCUUUGAAGAAGAGGUGAUGGUAACCCAAGUGAUCCCCGGAGUGGAGGGGAUACCUUCUGGGGAGGAAACUACUGUGGAGAUGGAGUUUUCCACCGAAAUUGAGAAUCAAACAGCCUGGGGAACAGAGGUCUUCCCAACCGACGUAUCGCUGCUCUCAGUGAGUCCAUCUGCUUUUCCUCCAGCUACUGUAAUACCAGAGGAAACAAGCACCAGUGUUUCCAUCACUGAAGUGUCAGUGUCAGGAGAGAUCCCUGAAUCUGGAGAGCAUCAAGUCAGUGGUGAAUCUUCAGCAUCCGGGUGGGUAUCUGGAGCCCCAGAUAUAAGCGGAGAACCAACUUCUGGAGGUUUUGAACUUAGUGGAGAACACUCAGGGAUUGGAGAAAGUGGAUUACCAUCUGUAGACCUGCAUACCAGUGGCUUUCUACCUGGAGAAAGUGGCCUGUCCUCAGGGGACCUGAGUGGCUUGCCUUCUGGCACUGCUGAUAUCAGUGGCUUACCUUCUGGAGAGGAAGAUAUAACCGUGUCUGCUUCCAGGAUACCAGAAACUAGUGGGAUGCCAUCUGGAGCUGAAAGCAGUGGGCUGCAUUCUGGAUUUAGCGGAGAAAUCUCCGGUACUGAACUAAUCAGCGGCCUGCCAUCUGGAGAGGAAAGUGGGCUCGCCUCUGCUUUUCCUACCAUCUCUCUUGUGGACUCCACCUUGGUGGAAGUUGUAACAACGGCACCAGGACGGCAAGAGGAGGGAAAAGGAUCAAUUGGAGUCAGCGGCGAAGGAGAGCUAUCAGGGUUUCCAUCUGCUGAGUGGGACACCAGUGGAGGAGCCAGAGGGUUGCCCUCAGGAGCUGAAACCAGUGGGGAGCCCUCUGGGGUGCCUGAGCUCAGCGGGGAGCAUUUUGGAGUGCCUGAGCUCAGUGGGGAACCUUCUGGGGUGCCUGAGCUCAGCGGGGAGCCCUCAGGGAUGCCUGAGCACACUGGGGAACAUUUUGGAGUGCCUGAGCUCAGUGGGGAACCUUCUGGGGUGCCUGAGCUCAGCGGGGAGCCCUCUGGGGUGCCUGAGCUCAGCGGGUUCCCCUCAGGGCUGGAUGUCAGUGGAGAACCUUCUGGAAUACCUGAGGUGAGCGGUGUGGUGGACCUCAGUGGCCUUACUUCUGGUGGUGAUGGAAGUGGUGAGGCCUCAGGUGUUACCUUUAUAAAUGCCAGCUUGGAGGAAGUGACAACCCCUUCAACUGCAGAAGCAGAAGCAAAAGAGAUUUUGGAAAUCAGUGGAUUGCCCUCAGGAGGUGGAGAGACAUCAGGCAUGGCGUCUGGGGGUUUAGAGGUCAGUGGUCAGCCUUCGGGAUAUGUGGACUUUGGCGGGAGUGUUUCUGGGGUGCUUGAGACAAGCGGACUUCCAAGCGGGGUCAUCGACGGCAGUGGAGAAGUCUCUGGUGUGGAUGUCACCAGCGGCCUACCAUCUGGAGAGGGAAGUGGACUCACCUCUGGCUUUCCUACUGUCUCUCUUGUGGAUACCACUUUGGUAGAAGUUGUAACGCAGACAUCAGUUGCACAGGAAGUGGGAGAAGGGCCAUCUGGGGUGAUGGAGAUCAGUGGAUUUCCUUCUGGAGACAGAGGACUGUCUGGAGAAGGGUCCGGAGCCGUGGAGUCUAGUGGGUUUCCUUCAGGGACAGGAGACUUCAGUGGAGAGCCAUCUGGGGUCCCAUAUUUCAGUGGAGACAUUUCUGGAGCUACGGAUAUAAGUGGACAAUCUUCAGCAGUGACUGAUAUCAGCGGGGAGGUCUCAGGACUUCCAGAAGUCACUUUAGUCACUUCUGAUUUAGUAGAAGUUGUGACAAGACCAACAAUUUCACAGGAACUGGGCGGGGAAGCAGCUGUCACCUUUCCCUAUGGUUUUGGGCCAAGUGGUGAGGCCUCUGCAUCUGGUGAACUCAGUGGGGAAACAUCUGCGCUGCCAGAAAGUGGUAUAGAAGCAUCAACAGUUUAUGAAACCAGUGGUGAAACAUCUGCAUAUCCCGAGAUUAGUGUGGAAACAUCCACCAUUCAAGAAAUCAGUGGGGAAACAUCUGCAUAUCCUGAGGUCAGUGUAGAAACAUCCACAAUUCAAGAAAUCAGUGGGGAAACAUCCGCAUAUCCCGAGAUUAGCGUAGAAACAUCCACAGUUCAAGAAAUCAGUGGGGAAACAUCUGCAUUUCCCGAAAUUAGCCUAGAAACAUCCACAAUUCAGGAAUUAAGUGGAGAAACAUCUGCUUUUCCUGAAAUAAGCAUAGAGACAUCAACAAGGCAAGAAGCCCGGGGUGAAACAUCUGCUUACCCUGAGAUUAUCAUAGAGACAUCCACAAUUCAGGAAGUAAGUGGGGAAACGUCUGCCUUUCCUGAAAUUAGCACAGAAACAUCCACCAUUCAAGAAAUCAGUGGGGAAAGUUCUGGCUUUCCUGAAAUUAGAAUAGAAACAUCCACCGUUCAAGAAAUUAGUGGGGAAAGCUCUGCCUUUCCUGAAAUUAGAAUAGAAACAUCCACAAGUCAAGAAGCCCGGGGUGAAAUAUCUGGCUUUCCUGAGAUUAGCAUAGAAGCCUCCACUGUUCAUGAAACCAGUGGAGAAACAUCUGGAUUUCCUGAAAUUACCAUAGAAGCCUCCACAGUCCAUGAAACCAGUGGAGAAACAUCUGCUUUUCCUGAAAUUAGCAUAGAGACAUCCACAGUCCAUGAAAUUAGUGGGGAAAGCUCUGCCUUUCCUGAAAUUAGAAUAGAAACAUCCACAAGUCAAGAAGCAAGGGGUGAAACAUCUGGCUUUCCUGAGAUUAGCAUAGAAGCCUCCACAGUCCAUGAAACCAGUGGAGAAAUAUCUGCAUUGCCUGAUAUUAGCAUAGAAACUUCGACAGUCCACGAAAUCAGUGGUGAGACAUCUGCAUUUCCUGAAAUUAGUGUAGAAACUUCGACAGUCCAUGAAAUUAGUGGUGAGACAUCUGCGUAUCCUGAAAUUAGAAUAGAAACGUCCACAAGUCAAGAAGCCCGAGGUGAAACAUCUGGUUUUCCUGAGAUUAGCAUAGAAACAUCCACUGUCCAUGAAACCAGUGGGGAAACAUCUGCAUUUCCCGAAAUCAGCAUAGAAACAUCAACAAGACAAGAAGCCAGGGGUGAAACCUCUGCCUAUCCUGAAAUUAGCAUUGAAACAUCCACCAUUCAAGAAGUUAGUGGGGAAUCUUCUGCCUUUCCUGACAUUAGAAUAGAAACACCCACAAGUCAAGAAGCCCGGGGUGAAACAUCUGCCUAUCCUGAGAUCAGCAUGGAAACCUCCACUGUCCAUGAAACCAGUGGCGAAACAUCUGCAUUGCCUGCUGUUAACGUGGAAACUGCUGCCACAUCUCUGGCCAGUGGUGAGCCCUCUGGUGCUCCUGAGGGGGAGGAAAUUCCUGAUACAACAUCAGGAGCUGCGACACACUCAGUCACAGGCGUUUCGGGGGAAACCUCUGUCCCAGACAUUGUAAUUAGUACCAGCACUCCAGAUGUUGAGCAAACACAGGGACCCAGGAGCCCUGAAGAAACUCAUCUUGAAAUAGAGCCCUCCACUCCUGCGGCAUCAGGACAAGAGACAGAAAGAGCUGCUGUCCUGGACAACCCCUCUCUGCCAGCCAACGCUACUGCUGCUCUGCCUCAAGCCUCACAAGAAGCCAUCGAUGCAUUAGGACCCACUACAGAAGACACUGAUGAGUGCCACUCAAGCCCCUGUCUGAACGGAGCUACCUGCGUUGAUGGCAUCGACUCUUUCAAAUGCUUAUGCCUUCCCAGCUACGGAGGGGACCUGUGUGAGAUCGACCUGGAGAACUGCAAGGACGGCUGGACCAAGUUCCAGGGCCACUGCUACAGGCACUUUGAGGAGAGGGAGACGUGGAUGGACGCGGAGACCAGGUGCCGAGAACAUCAAGCCCACCUGAGCAGCAUCAUCACCCCAGAGGAGCAAGAAUUUGUGAACAGCCACGCGCAGGACUACCAGUGGAUCGGGCUCAGCGACAGAGCCGUGGAGAACGAUUUCCGCUGGUCCGACGGGCACUCGCUGCAAUUUGAGAACUGGCGGCCCAACCAACCCGAUAACUUCUUCGCCGCGGGUGAGGACUGCGUUGUGAUGAUCUGGCACGAGCAAGGCGAAUGGAACGACGUCCCCUGCAACUACCACCUGCCUUUCACGUGCAAGAAAGGAACAGUUGCCUGCGGGGAUCCCCCCGUGGUGGAGAACGCCAGGACCUUUGGCCGGAGGAAGGACCGCUACGAAAUCAACUCCCUGGUGCGGUACCAGUGCGACCAGGGCUACAUCCAGCGCCACGUGCCCACCAUCCGCUGCCAGCCCAACGGGCAGUGGGAGGAGCCGCGGAUAUCCUGCACAAACCCCUCCAGCUACCAGCGCAGGCUAUACAAGAGGAGCCCCCGGAGCCGGUCGAGACCCAGCGGCAGCGCCGUGCACAGACCCACCCAUUAGAGCGGGGCGAGAGACACCGAGGGGCAAACAGAGCGAGAAAGAGAUUUUUACAGAACAGUUAUAUUAACAGAGUCGAUUUCUUCUUCUUCUUGUUGCUUUUUGUCAUAUAAGGAAAAAAAAAUUAUAUUAAAGACAAACCCACCUUUGUGUAUAUAUAUAAAAGAAAAAAAAAAUUAAUGUUUUUCCAAGCACCAAAGCAAAGCGAAUUAGAAGCCAGCCUUUUUACUAACCGUCCGGUUCCAAUUAUCUUCGUGCCUUCGGGGACAGGGAGGGGGGUGGGUUUGCAGAGGGCAGGGGGUUAAGUUAAAUAAUAAAGAUGAUUAUUUUUUUCCUGAUUUUAUCCACGAACAAUGUAAUUAUUUCUGUUAUUUAAUCUCCGGGGUGGACAGCACCUUUUGGGGUUAAUUUUAUUUUUAAUUUU